UCAUUCCUUUCGACAGGCAAAAUUUACUCGCUCCAUCUCUGCAGAAUUUGGGAUCAUAUAGGUUGGCGGAGGGCACUUGGUUGAUGUCACACAAGUGGAUGAAGCAGCAUCUACUUGUUAGGACACGGGUUGCGUGACCUUUGCACGAGUUGACUCACUCAUCUGCUUCUUAUGAUAUUGUGACACGGCGAGCAUUUUUAUCUCAGGAAACUUCGUUCCACUCAAGAUUUUGACCAAUCCAACUUGCUAUCUCCAUCCUCGCUGGUCCCACUUGGACUCAGUGGUUCUUGGUGGCAUUUUCCAGCUGCAGAUAGCCCAGAAGCUUGGUCUGACUCUAGCUUGGCAAGACUUCCCUCUCUUAUGUUGCCUUUCUUCUGCAAUAAUCGAAGCUCCUCCUCGCCUGUGCACCCUUCGGCCAUGCUCGCAGGACUCCCCAAGUCCACCUAAAUUAUUAUAUGUUGUUGCUCUUCCCGGCAAAAGAUAUCUGCUUUCUUCCUGAGUUUCCAGUGUCUGUCAAAUCAAAAUUUGGAUGAUUACUGACAAGAUGAAGGUGAUCUUUAUGCUGAUUUUGGCCUCUCUGUAUUCUUGCGUUCAAUCUGAUCGUCCAGGAUAUUAAGCUUGUGGAGAAGGGCCCAACAUUACAUAUCAGAUCUAACAUCCCCACUCAUGUGCAAGCUGGUUGAAGGUUCAACUGGCUUCACACAUGGACUCGAGUGAAAACAACAUCAUGAGCCAAAAGUUAAAACAGGUUUUGCGCAAAGCAUAUGAGGAUGACACCCUGAGUGAAGUACUAAGGAAAAUGAACAUAGAAAAGAAGGCCAGGGUUCAAGCCCAUGAUUACCGUGAAAGCUGAGGAGAAGUGCUUUAUAACAUAAAGAUGCAGCUUCAAGAUAUUGAUAACCGGCUUUCUGCUUGGGCCAAAAAUCAAGUUACUCCAUGCAUAUGGAACAAUGUGCAGUGUGACAGUGACAAUAAUGUCAUUGGAGUGAUGCUGCCUUCAAUGGGAUUCAAUGGAAUCCUGUCGCCUAAAGUUGGAGAACUUGUAUAUCUUGAAGUACUGGAGCUCUCGGGUAACAAUAUAACAGGUAAUAUUCCUGGAGAGCUCGCAAACCUAUCAAGGUUGACGCGCCUGAGCCUACAUAAUAAUCGGUUUACUGGAGAGAUACCAGCAUCCCUUGGCAGGCUUCCUAAACUAAAAUUUAUGGAUUUAAGUGAAAAUCAUUUAAAUGGAAAAAUUCCUGAUUCUUUGUCAUCCCUCAGAAGCUUGACUGAUAUAUUGCUUCAUUUACUGUGUGUUGGCAGUAAUCUUGCUUACAACAAACUCACUGGUGGCGUACCCAAGCAGCUAUAUCAAGUGACCAAAUUCAAUUUUACAGGUAAUAAUCUUAGUUGCGGUGCAAACCUCUUGAAUCAAUGUGAAUCCGACUUACUUGAUCAAGGAGGAUCUCAUAAUUCAAAGAGAACAUUGUUGCUCGGAGGUAUUGGAGGAGGUAUAGGGCUUGUAUUGGCAACUGUUUUGUUUCUUCUUUGGAGAAGCCGAAAGAAGGAUUAUCUACAUGAUUUGUUUGUCGAUGUUGCAGGUGAAGCAGACCGCAAAAUCGAAUUUGGACAAUUGAAGAGGUUUUCAUGGAGGGAAUUACAAAUUGCAACUGAUGACUUCAACGAGAAAAAUGUUCUUGGACAGGGUGGUUUCGGCAAGGUAUACUUAGGAGUACUUUCAGACAAUUCCAAAGUAGCCAUAAAACGGCUAACUGAUCAAGGCAAUCGUGCUGGGGAAGAUGCUUUUUUACGUGAAGUUGACCUAAUAAGUGUUGCUGUUCACAAAAAUCUUUUGCGGUUGAUUGGUUUCUGUACGACACCUACAGAACAACUUCUUGUUUAUCCUUAUAUGCAAAAUUUGAGUGUUGCCUAUCAGUUACGAGAACUUAAACCUGGUGAGCCAGUGUUAGAUUGGCCAAGAAGGAAACAAGUGGCUAUGGGCACAGCACAUGGACUGGAAUACCUUCAUGAACAUUGCAAUCCCAAGAUUAUACACCGUGAUGUAAAAGCUGCAAAUAUCUUGCUUGAUGAGAACUUUGAAGCGGUUGUCGGUGACUUUGGCUUGGCCAAGUUGGUGGAUGUGAGGAAAACUUCAGUGACAACUCGAGUUCGGGGGACGAUGGGUCACAUAGCACCCGAGUAUCUUUCCACUGGAAAGUCCUCAAACAAAACAGAUGUUUUUGGUUAUGGAAUCAUGCUCCUUGAGCUUGUCACAGGGCAGCGUGCUAUAGAUAUUUCGCUAUUGGAUGGAGAUGUGUUAUUACUUGACAAAGUGAAAAAGCUUUGGCGGGAAAAUCAACUCGAUCUCAUUAUUGACCCCAACCUAGACAGGAAUUACGACAUUCUGGAAGUCGAAAAGUUGUUCCAAAUCGCUCUUCUAUGCACACAAGCAUCACCGGAAGACCGUCCGAUCAUGUCAGAUGUAAUCCGGAUGCUAGAAGGUGAAGGCUGGACGGAGCGGUGGGAGCAGUUGCAACAAGUUGAGGUGACUCAAAAGCAGGACUACCAGAGGAUACAAAAGAGAUUGAAUUGGGACGACGACACAUCUUAUAACCAGGAAGCUAUCGAAUUGUCUGGUGCAAGAUAAUGUGUGGAGACCUGUAACUACUAGGGUUUCCGCCAUCUCCAGUGGAACUCCAUGAGGGGUAGACCUUCAAUUUGAACUGACAAAGGUAACACCACUAACUUUAAACCUUGGAUUUAACAUUUGCAUAUAAUAUGGGUCUUUUCCUGCAGUUGUUACAUUUUGUUGCAUUUUCUAUUACAAAGGGAAAAUAUGGAGUCAUUCAUGUGAUUGACUUCUGUUGCUUACUCCAAAGAAAGUUAAAGUUCUUUGGCAAGAGAAGUCACAUAGCAAAACACAGCUUAACCAGGAAAAGCAACACAUGAUGACAUAGAAUUAUAUUAGCAUCUCCAGGUCCCCCAUUACCUCCACAGUUCUUGGGAUGUAAUCAAUACUUGUCUCACGGCAGAUUAAGCUGUACUAACUGAAUCAUAAUAUUAAGAAACAUGUUGAAUA